CGCAGUGCGAUGACAUCAUAGAGCCGACUUCAGUGACCGUGAACAGCUUGACAUGCUGCUUUAAAAGUAACGUGAAAAAGGCUUUAAAAAAAAUGGCGAAUUUGGUUGUUUUAGUGCAGGGUGUGAGAUGUUGGCUUCUGCGGACUCAAAGGCGGAUUCUGCAGGCAGCGGCGCUUGAGCCACAUCCGGUCCCGUCACUGGCAGUGAAUGGUCCCGGUCUCCAACCUCAGAUCCAUCCUCAGCAUCAAGAAGAGCAGGAGAGUCCCGAGCACCCCCCUGGCAUUCUGGAUGGCUUCAUGUGGAUGGCAGCACCCAAAUCGAGGCGCAGUAUAGAGGUCAACCGUACCAGGAGGAGAUCUGAGUCCAAACUCAUUAAAGUCAAGACCAACAUUGAGGUGUGUCCACAGUGUGGCCACCUGAAACAGAAGCACAUCCUGUGUAGCUUCUGCUACGAAAAAGUGCGUAUCGAGACGGGUUUAAUCCGUAAGAAGAUCGCCGAGAUGGAAGGCGGCCCUCUGAGAGCGCCAACGGUCGAGACUGUCAUCAUGUACGAGGGCGAAACUCCGAGCGAGAAAGACAAAGACAAGAGGAUAGUGGAGAGACCCAGGAAACGUCCCAUCUGGUUCCACUGACUGCUUACAACAGCUGGAUGUGUUGUUGCGCAAACAUAUUGUAGUAAAAGUCGAGAAUUCAGUACAGGAAGGAACGAUGCAUCAGUUGUCAGUGGAAACGUGCUACAGGUCAGUUAUCUCUGAACACACCUUUCUGUUUAAGGUAAAUAAAUAACAUUUAAUUGAGGCUAAAAUUAUAUCUGUUGGAAAAAUAAACUUUUUUUUUCCUCCACUGUA